CCUGAUCGUGUGUCAUCAUGUCCCCAGUGUGAACAUUGUGUUGGCACAUUGCUGUGCUCCUUCAGGGUGAAAGUGGUAAACCUUUCUGUGUGGGGAAAGAAGCCGUGCCACCUCAUAGAUGAGUUUGCAAUUUGGCAGCCAGUAAAUGUUCUUUGGUAUCUCAGUGCAGUUGACUCACCAAACUGGGUGCUCUCGCCAGUACAUGUCUUAUUGUGAGCACAGGAUUCCUGCCAACAAAGUUCACUGUCCCUUUAAAAAAGUCCCCCUCCCUGUGUGCAUUAGCAUGGAUUCCCUCGUGCUCAGCUGUUGGCACUGCUGUUCAUCAGUUUGCAUUGCAGUUUGAGUGUUAAAUAGAUCAAAUCACAACACGGCUGCACUGUAGUGGUGCAGGCUCUGUACCUGGCACACUGCUUUCUUGGUUUGGUUUUGAGCCACAGUUGGAAAGGAAAUGCCUGUGUUUGUGGAGGAUCCUGCCCUUUUCUCUAAGGAGAGGCUGAAAUCGGAGCUGAUCGCCAACGAUGUGGCUCUGCCUUUGAGCGAAAAGAAGGAGGUUUACCUCCAGCUCUAUUUGAAACACAUUACCAAUCAAAAUGUAGCUGACUUCUCCAGCGAUGAAGAGGAGGCACAUGAGCUUGUGCACCAAGGUGACAGUCAGGAGGCAGCACUCGAAGGUGAGGAAAACGAGGACGAAAGCAAUACAGAAAUGAUGGACAUCAGCCAGCUGACUGACAAGGAGUUGAAGGCACAGCUUAUAAAGUACGGAGUCAAGCCUGGGCCCAUUGUAGGUUCCACAAGGCCCGUUUAUGAGAAGAAGCUGCUGAAGCUCAUCGGCUCAGGUUCAGCAGUGCCGACGGUCAAGCAGAACGGCACCGGCGAUGUGGGGCGGUACUCUGACAGCGAGGAAGACGAGCGAGCAUCGCGAUAUGAGCAGGAGAGGAAGAAAGUCACAGUCAAAGUGGGACAGAGCCCAGCCCAACUCGAUCACAGCGGGGUAAGAAAACAUCAAAAACAGGAAACGUACUUCCCUCAGUGUUUCGCCCCUUGUUCGAUGGUGGCCAGGCUGCCGCCAGUGCUGUCUGUGAGUGUUCCUGUGCCCAGGAAAAAUCCUAGCACAGGGUACCCGCCGCCCGCAACAAAUAACGGUGUUGCUGCUACUGCCUCGAGUCCUCUAAUGCGGAAUACCUUCGCUGCAGUGCAGAACACACUGGCGGUGAAGCCGCUCUAUACGUCGCUGGAGGGCAGUAAAGCAACCAGGGAUUCUGCAGGCACAGGCAUUUCGUUUAGUAUUGCCAAGAUGGUGGAUGAGCUCUCAAACAGAUCCCCUGUUACCCCAACCCUGGGGCCCAUUGUGUCUCCUGCUACCCCAGUCGCUGGGGCUGUUAGAUCUGCUGACACUCCAAUCCCUGGGCACAUCACGUCUCCUGUGCCCGUUACACCAAGCCCUGUCCCCUUGAGAAGGGGGAGCAUGGGCUCUGAGAGGAGAGCCAGUACCGGCAACAUGAAGGGGAAGGGACAGUUAAUGCUGGACAAGAACACCAUGACAUACAGAACACCAACUAACGCUCCCAUGGUGGACGGCAGCAGCAGCAAGUCGGAGAAGGAGGAUGUGUUGGAGGAAAUGUUCCCAGAUGAAGCUCGCACUCCGACAGGCAUCAGUGCAACACGUCGCAGGCCCAUCAAAGGAGCGGCUGGGCGGCCUGUCCAGUUCAAGUACAGCGAGCUGGUCACUCAAUCGCCUGCCACAGGAGACCAGAAGCCGCCUGCCUCCAGGCACCUCAUUCCUAUCUGGGUCCAGAUUGCGGUCUUCAUUGCAAUCGCAGGCUUCCUCUUCCUCAUCUACCACUCCAUGGAGGCCAACCAGGACAACCCCUUCAGUAGCUACCUGGAGAACCCCAGCCAGGUGGAGGAGAUGCUGCAGGAAGCUCUGACCCCGCCACCCGAGACACAGGAGACACAGGACACUCCGCCACCACCCCUCGCUGUGCAGGAGUAACGGCAUACAAAACAGAAACCCUAAACUGGAACCAGGGGUGAGGGAAUGGGGCUAGCAAGUAUUGGAAAUGACCGUUUCUACUACAGCCUCUAAAGUUUAGUGAUGCCAUUGGAAGUUUCCCAAUUGACAAGCAACAGAUUCAGUUUUCAAACCCUACACUCAAUCUAUCCUUUUGGCAAAUAAGAUGCAAGUUCUUGCUGCUAAACUGUUUUGAGGUUCUAAUAUAAAUGUGCCUUAUAGGCUACAGCUGGGGGAAGUGUACACUGUAGUAUCUGCCUCUUUCAAUUCAUGACGGUUUCUAGUCAUAAUGAAAUGUACCGCAUCUGCCAGGUGGCGAAGGUCAGUUAGUUCUAAGAGUUUCACACUUCAUUGUUUCUCUCCAUAUAAGCACUGGAAUGAGUCUUAUGGAGGCUGGCUAGCCGUGUGUGGUCCUGGUUUUCAGCUAAAUAACCCUGUUUAAUGCAGUACAUCCAAGUUCUUGAGAGAUUUACCGCCUCCCCCUUCUCCACUUUCAGAAUUAGAUUUUAAGGAAGGCGUCCAUUCUAUCCCUUGUGUGUUAUUUAAUUUUUGUUCUUGCAUUUUAGAUUUGGCCUUUGUACAGUAACCAGAUGUGUGUGUGUGUGUUUAUUUUAAUAUUAUAUACGUAUGCAAUAUGAAAGUUUAAUAAAGGAUUUAUUUAGUAAUUAA